CUUAGGUCUGCAGCCGGCGCCAAGCCGAGCCCAGCAACCCCUCAGACUGACCGCGGAGCCAGAGGAGGAGCGCGUAGUCCCGGCCAGGCGCACAGAACUGGGAGCGGUGGCGGAAGAGAGCAACUUUGCACUGCCCUUCCCUGCUCUGCCCUCACCCAGCACUUCUCGAGAGGGUCCGAGCGGACGGGACCUGAGCGUGAGCUACGGACGAGCACCCGGGCGGACCGGGAAGAUGAUGAUGAUGUCCCUGAACAGCAAGCAGGCGUUCAGCAUGCCGCACAGCGGCAGCCUGCACGUGGAGCCCAAGUACUCCGCACUGCACAGCGCCUCGCCCGGCUCCUCCGCGCCCGCGGCGCCCUCCGCUAGCUCCCCUAGCAGCUCAAGCAAUGCUGGCGGCGGUGGUGGCAGUGGCGGGGGCGGCGGAGGCCGUAGCAGCAGCUCCAGUAGCAGUGGCAGCAGCGGCGGCAGCGGCGGGGGCUCCGAGGCGAUGCGGAGAGCGUGUCUUCCAACCCCACCGAGCAAUAUAUUCGGCGGGCUGGAUGAGAGUCUGCUGGCCCGAGCCGAGGCUCUGGCGGCCGUGGACAUCGUCUCCCAGAGCAAGAGCCACCACCACCACCCGCCCCACCACAGCCCCUUCAAGCCGGACGCCACCUACCACACCAUGAACACCAUCCCGUGCACGUCGGCUGCCUCUUCUUCGUCGGUGCCCAUCUCGCACCCAUCCGCGCUGGCUGGCACGCACCACCAUCACCACCAUCACCACCACCACCACCAUCAGCCGCAUCAGGCGCUUGAGGGCGAGCUGCUGGAGCAUCUGAGUCCCGGGCUGGCCCUGGGUGCCAUGGCGGGCCCCGACGGCGCCGUAGUGUCCACGCCAACUCACGCGCCGCACAUGGCUACCAUGAACCCCAUGCACCAAGCAGCGCUCAGCAUGGCCCACGCGCAUGGGCUGCCCUCACACAUGGGCUGCAUGAGCGACGUGGACGCCGACCCCCGGGACCUGGAGGCAUUCGCCGAGCGCUUCAAGCAGCGACGCAUCAAGCUGGGGGUGACCCAGGCCGAUGUGGGCUCCGCGCUGGCCAACCUCAAGAUCCCUGGCGUGGGCUCGCUUAGCCAGAGCACCAUCUGCAGGUUCGAGUCCCUUACGUUGUCGCACAACAAUAUGAUCGCGCUCAAACCCAUCCUGCAAGCGUGGCUCGAGGAGGCCGAGAAGUCCCACCGCGAGAAGCUCACCAAGCCCGAGCUCUUCAACGGCGCGGAGAAGAAGCGCAAGCGCACCUCUAUCGCCGCUCCAGAGAAGCGUUCGCUUGAAGCCUACUUUGCCAUCCAGCCGCGGCCCUCCUCCGAGAAGAUCGCCGCCAUCGCGGAGAAGCUGGACCUUAAGAAAAACGUGGUGCGCGUCUGGUUCUGCAACCAGAGGCAGAAACAGAAAAGAAUGAAAUAUUCUGCGGGCAUUUAG